AUUUGACAACGCCAUACAUUCUCCUGAGGCACGCCAAGUGGCAUCAAGUGCUCGUGUAUCUACAUGGCUUCACGCGUGCCGCUGCUCGUGAAGAGCAAGGGCCGCAAACCGUCUCGAGUGUCUAUCGCGCCGCGCGCUAAGCCGUCGAAUGCGCCCCGAACGAAGCGUCCAGCGACUGCAGGAAGCGACAAACCCCAAAGCAAUGCAGCUGAGGCAGUGGAACCCGCAGAGGUCCAGAAGUCCAUAGCGAAGCCCACCGCUACAACGGAGAAAAAAUCAACACCAAACACCCGGAAUACUGCUCAAUCAGAGACUCCAGUAGCCAAAAGUGCGGGACCCAAGUCGGUGUCAAUAGGUACAGCUUCUACUGUAACCAAACUGACAGUUGCAACCGAGCCAACGUCUGCUGCAACCACCUCCGAAUCUACAGGGCCUCGCCGAGCUGGAGGGAUCGCGAUUGGUGGCUCGUUAUCAACCCCCAGCUCUAUACUAAAGAGUCCAGGUGCACGUCCCGUUCCUCCUGUACGCUCCCCCAUUGUACUCCCAGUGCAGCGACGUCCUGAGAGACUAGCGAAGAUUACGUCAGCCGGUCCGGUAUACCGACCGAGUCCGGUAAUGCGUCCUCGAGCUGGUAGUAUCGGGAGCUCUCCAGGUAUCCGCCCCCGUACCGGUAGUUCACCGGGCAUGGGACCACAGAAUGCUAUGAAGCAGAGAAUGCUCCGGAAACUGGACAUUAAGCCGCACCAAUCGCCUCGACGCUCGAUGAUGCAACAGAUUCGUAACCAGGACGGCCCGACAUCUCCGUUGAUGCUCGGUGGGAAGCCAUCAGCGGGCAAUAAGGACGUCCCGGAGGUGCAUCUUGAAGCGCAACAGGCACGACGUGCUACUACCACUAAACCCAGAGCUACAGGGAAGAAACGAGUACCGGUAAAGCGCCGAAAAACCGGGCCGACUACAUCUGUUCCGACCAAAUCUAAAUCUGAAACACCUCAGCGUAAGUCGUUAAGGAGAAAAGCGAAGCGCUCGACGUACCGCGAGACGGAUGAUAGUGGAAGUUCGGCUAGUGAACUGGAUGAUGAUCGCGAUGAAGACGUGGAUCCGAACGAUCUGGAACUUCCAGAAGACGAGAUGAACGUUUACGUACCAGCACGUGAGAGAGCGACGAUGUGGGCGAAAUCCCUACUUGACAAAGACAAGGAAGGCGAGGAUAAAGAAGACGAAGCCUCUCAAGCUAUGGUUGUACGUGAGAAGAAAGCUCCGACGCGUAGGAAACGCAGCAGCUCGAAUGCGUCUUCGGUAUCAUCGAUUGUUACCGGUAUCGGCGGCGGUAUCAUCCCACGAAGUAAACUAGAGGAGCUGUUGAAAAAAGAGCCGUCCCAGAUGACGAUGGGCGAGUUGGCACUAACAGUGCCCAAGGGCAGACGCAUGAAGCGCCACGAACGUGAAGAAGCCGCUUCAGACACGCCGCUGCUUACAGACGCAAGCGGAGAAGGCUCGAAUCUCCUGAACGUAAACGCACUUAACCGUGUGCGUUCCUUGUCAGUAUCAUCCGAGUCUGCAGCCUUCGCUGGCUCGCUAGUCACGCCGCAAGUGCAGAUUAUUGACGGACAAAUGGUCGUCAUGGAGAACACGAUCAAACUGGGGGACGAACUGCAACGUACAGCUGACGCACUGGGCGAAACCAGCGUGGGUGGAGAAAAUACCGGUUUACCGCCACGACACUCCGGUUCUCGGUAUAACUCGUCGCAUCCCAAUGGCCCCGGUAAACGGUGGGGCAAGGAGGAAACCAAGCAGUUUUACUAUUGUCUGAGUCAGGUGGGCCCCAAUUUCUCCAUGAUGGCUACACUUUUCCCCACGAGGAAGCGGAAAGAACUCAAGAGCAAGUUUAAGUACGAGGAAAAGAACCACGCCAAGCUUAUUGAGAUCGCGUUGCGGGCGUCUACGGCUCCUCUGGACUCGGAGAUGGUGGACGUUAUUUCUCAGAUGGUGGACAAGGAAGCGCAGAGGAAACUGGAAGCCAAGAAGAAGAGAAAAAGCAGAUCACAGAUCGGUCUACGCGGUCAGGAGGACGAUACAGCGUCGGUGGUGAGCUCAAGGGUUUCUUCGCCCGCAUCGACGCCGCAGGUGCACACGGAGGAGUUCGUGGAGACGCUGAACGAUGAAGAUCUCUUCCCACCCAGCAGACGCGGCUCGUUCGACUUUAGCGGUUAAAUCGGAUUGAGUUUUACCCUCAAUAGUGAGUACACAGUCAAUAUCACUGCGAUUUAGGAGAGAAAAAAAGAUAAAAUGUAGUUUUGCGGACCCAUAUAAGAGUUCAGUUGCACAGGUAGGUUCAUUCAACUCAGUUUUAG